AUGGAUUGCCGUCAUAACCACCCACGUCCAAAGGAUCUUCAUGGACAUUAUAGAGCCGGAAGACUCAAAGAUAGUGAAUAUACGGAGGUAGAUAAAAUGACACGAGCACGUAUGCCACCAAGAAAAAUUCUUAGCAAGUUGAAGGAGGAUGAUAAGAACAACAAGACUACGUUGCAACAAAUCUAUAACGCGAGAAGUACUUUGAGAAGAAAGGAUUUCCAAGAUAAGUUGGUGAUGCAACAAUUAUUGUGGUUGGCGCAAAAGAAGAACUAUGCUUGCCAAAAGAAAUUGGAUGAAUUCGGCCAUGUGACGCACCUUUUUAUUGCCCAUCCGGAAUGCGUAAAGUUGGAGUUAUACUUCCCACAAGUUCUCAUAUUGGAUUGCACUUACAAGCCCAAUAAGUAUGAGAUUCCCUUGAUGAAUGUGGAUGGAGAACGAGAAGUGAAAAAGAAAAAAUUCAAGAAUGCAUAUGAGGCUAAUGAAAGGAUGUGGGUAUAUUUCUCCAACGAUUGGAAUGCUUUGCAAUGGUCAAUCACCGAAGAAGUGUACGAAGAAAAUGUUGCAAAACUCCUUGCGAAUUGGAGCGUCAAAUACCCGGAAAUCAUUAUAUAUUUACGCAAGCAAUUCUUGGAUAAUAACAAACAUAGAUUUGUUAGUGCAUUUAAAAACCAUCACAAGCACUUCUACAACCAAGCUACAAGUAUGGUAGAGUCGGAUCACUAUCGUUUGAAGAUGAAUCUAUUUGGAAAAAGUCUAAUGAUGAAGCAUGAUGAUCACCCGGAUGAUAAGUGGCUCCGGGGACUAACCCAUAUGGUCUCUCAUUUGUGCCUUGAACUUAUAAUGAAGGAAGUGGAUUUGAUGGAAAAAAUGGAUGCUAACUCCCAAGAAGAGUGUGUUUGUAAAAUGAGGGAAAGCAUGGGACUUUUGUGUCGGCAUGAUCUACUUCGAUACAAGGAUUGA